AGAGAGGUUAUACACACGCGUUCGACGUGUUUCCUUCGGCAAGAUGCCGAAAGAAAAAAGAAUAAGAACUAGUGAUAUAUGGACCUUGUUCACUGCUCUUAACAGUGAAUUUGCAAUGUGUAAUAUGUGCAAACAUAAACUUUCAUACAAAAGCACAACAAAUAAUUUAAGAAAACACAUCUUAGCGAGACAUCCAACAGUUGCUUUACCUACAAAUAAAGUACCUGCAAUUAAUUCAGCAUUCAGCAAUCAAAAUGAGCAUAUAUCUUUAUCAUGUUUGGCUGAAGAGAUGAUUGAUGAACCUGAAUCAAUUUCAAGCAGUUCCACACAUAAUAAUUCUACAAUAUCUUUCACAUUAAGAAAGAAUUCGAUAGACAGUAUGUCAACCACUUCAGAAGAUACUAACAAGAGUGAAAUAGGUAGAAAUAAUGCAUUAAUAUUAGAAAAUAAGUUUAUUUCUCAGCGUGAGAACAUCUUAUCAUAUAUACCAAAAAAACUUUCUGAUUUCCAUCCAUUCCGUAUUGUAGAAGAAAAAUCAUUUAUAGAAUUUAUUAGAGCACUAAAUCCAAACUAUCAAAUCCCUUCAAGGCAUUUUAUUUCUAAAACGGCAAUACCAAGUCUUUAUGAAGAAUGUCUAAUCUACACUAAAGACCUGAUCAAUUCUGGCUUAAGUUUUUGUUUAACUACUGAUUGUUGGACGUCAAGAAAUACUGAAAGUUACAUUGCUGUAACAGUUCAUUUUAUUAAUGAUAAUUUUGAAUUAAUAUCUGUGUUAUUAGAAUGUUCAACAAUGUCUACAAAUCAUACAAGUAAAAAUUUGGCACAUGAAAUAAGAAGAAUUGUACAUGAAUGGGGUAUUGAAAAAAAAAUUCUGUUAGCAGUAUCAGAUAGUGCUAAUAAUAUAAAAAGUGCUAUUUCUAAAGAACUAGGAUGGAAGCACUUUAGUUGUUUUGCUCAUACUUUAAAUUUAAUUGUUAAUGAUGCUCUACACACAGAUGGAAUUACUGAAAUUUUAGAGAAAAUCAAAAUUAUUGUUGGCCAUUUUAAAAGGAGUUAUAUCUCAAAUGAGAAACUGAUGUUAUUUCAAAAAAAUAAUGGUGAUCAACCUUUAAAACUUAUUCAAGAUGUACCUACUAGAUGGAACUCUACUUAUUUUAUGUUAGAAAGAUUUUCCAAACUCGAAACUGCUAUUCGUAGUACUUUAGCUGUAUUAGAUAAAGACCUUCCAAUACUUACAGUGGAAGAAUGGAAAAUAAUUAAUGAAUUGUGUCAGGUAUUGAAGCCAUUUGAAGCAGUAACAAAAACAAUUAGUGGACAAAAAUAUUGUUCUGCUUCCCUAAUCAUUCCAUUAACGAAUGGUUUACAAAAUAUAUGUACAACUUUACCAAAAAAGAAUUUUUCACCUAUUCUAUUGAAUGUAAUUUCUAAACUUCAAAAUGGCUUUCAUGUGAGACUUGGAAAUAUAGAGAGUAGUACUACGUUAUCAAUAUGUACAUUUUUGGAUCCUAGAUUCAAAAUGUUAGCUUUUUCUAACACAAGCGCUGCUGAACAUGCAAAAAAAAUAGUGGUUUCAUCAUUAAUGAACAGUAUGGAUAUUGAACACACAAGAUAUACUAAUAUAAAUGCAAAUAAUAGGUCAUUAAAUCAAAAUAAAUCAGAAGACGAAUUAUCUGUAUGGUACAAGUUUGAUAACAUUGCUCUUUCUAAACCGACAAAAACGCCUAUGUCCAGAGCUUUAAUUGAAAUUCAACGAUAUGUUGAUGAUGUAGAAAUACUUCCACGGCAAGAAAAUCCAAAUAGUUGGUGGAAAGAAAAUGCACAAUAUUUUCCAUAUCUUUCAAAUUUAGCAAAAAGAUAUUUGUGUGCUUUAGGAACAUCUGUUCCAUGUGAAAGACUUUUUUCAAAGGCAG